AUGGAGUUUGGCAUCAAAUGCUUCUUCUUCUACGUCCUCUUGGCCAGUACUGCUGCCCUGUCCACCGCGCACAUCGCUUUCUUUGACGAUUAUUGGCAGAGGAAAGCUGAGGAGGCACGCAACGAGACGCUCAGUGCCUAUGCUUCUGACCCUACCUCCGUCGUCAAUCACUUCAACUCCGCUCACUUGCACGAAAAUAGCACGAGAAGGGGGCUCGCCCACCGUGCCAAGAAGGAAGCCGCGUGCUCUGCGACCAACCCUAUAGACCGGUGCUGGAGGUGUCAUAGUGACUGGAUAAACUACCGCAAGACGUUGGCGGAGUGCGUCAAGGGGUUCGGCCACAGCACCGUCGGCGGCGUGCGCGGCAAGUUCUACGUGGUCACCGACGCCUCCGACAAAGACCUCGUCAACCCCCGGCCGGGCACCCUCCGGUACGGCGUCACCCGCGACAAGCCUCUGUGGAUCGUCUUCGCCCGCGACAUGGUCAUCCGCCUCCAGCAGGAGCUGAUGAUCAACAGCUACAAGACCAUCGACGGACGCGGCGCCAACGUGCACAUCGCCUACGGCGCCGGCCUCACCGUGCAGUUCGUGAAGCACGUCAUCAUCCACAACCUCCACAUCCACGACAUCAAGUCCGCCUCCGGCGGCCUCAUCCGCGACUGCGAGACCCACUGGGGCUUCCGCACGGCCAGCGACGGCGACGGCGUCAGCGUCUUCGGCUCCUCCCACGUCUGGCUCGACCACCUCUCCAUGUCCAACUGCGCCGAUGGCCUCAUCGACGUCAUCCAAGGCUCCACCGCCGUCACCAUCUCCAACUGCCAUCUCACCCGCCACAACGACGUGAUGUUAUUAGGCGCCAGCGACUCGUACUCCGACGACUCGAAGAUGCAGGUCACCGUGGCUUACAACCACUUCGGUAGAGGGCUGGUGCAGAGGAUGCCAAGGUGCCGAUGGGGCUUCUUCCACGUAGUGAACAACGACUACACCCACUGGCUGAUGUACGCCAUUGGCGGCAGCACGCACCCUACCAUCAUCAGCCAAGGCAAUCGAUUUGUUGGGCCCCCAAACGAUGCAGCCAAAGAGGUGACUCACAGGGAGAAGGCAGGGGAGGCGGAGUGGAGUGGCUGGAACUGGAGGUCGGAGAACGAUCUAUACAAGAACGGAGCAUUCUUCGUUGAGUCGGGACACACGGUGUCCGGCAAGUUCUCCAAGAUCGAAUUCAUCAAGGCGAAGCCAGGGAAUUCGGCGGGGCGGCUGACUCGCUUCUCGGGGUUCCUCAAUUGCUACCCGGGACGCCCAUGCUGA